CCCAACACUUCCUCUUUGCUUUCAUCAAUGUUACUCCAAGCAAUAACCAAUUGAGAUCAGCCCCAAGCGACCUAUCCGGUGUUGCUACCUCGCAUGAGCAGAGCAAGAUCAAAAUAAAGAGCGCCUUGGGAAAUAUACCAAGAUGACCCUGACAGAAGCAGCGCCUGUUGAAGUACCCAGGAUCAAGCAUGGCGGCUUUGCAGAUGAGAUGAGAUCCGCUGCAAUGAAACUGCACACCAGGGAGCAGGCAAGAGGGGGAGAGAAGGAGGCUGAGGGGCCCGAGGAGCGGUCUGUGGCUAAGUGGGAGCCCACCAUUGAAGGGUACCUGAAGUUCCUGGUUGACAGUUAUAUGGUGUUUUAUACCCUUGAGGGAAUUGUUCACAAGGCUGCCCAUCCUUGCUAUGCUGAGUUCAGAAACACGGGUCUGGAGAGAUCGGAUAAUCUGGCUAAAGAUCUGGAGUGGUUCAAAGACCAAGGCCAAGCCAUCCCUGAACCAUCUGAUCCUGGAGUUCGCUAUGCAAGUUUUCUCGAGGAUCUCUCUGAGAAGGAUGCUCUGGCAUUUAUUUGCCAUUUCUACAAUAUCUACUGCGGCCACAGUGCUGGUGGUCAAAUGAUUGGGAAGAAGAUUGCUGAGAAGAUACUUGAUAAGAAGCAGUUGGAAUUCUACAAGUGGGAUGGUGAACUUCCACAACUCUUGCAGGCUGCAAGGGAGAAGCUCAACAGAGUUUCCGAGGGCUGGACUAUGGAGGAGAAGAAUCGUUGCUUGGAAGAGACAGGGCAGUCGUUCAAGUAUUCGAGAAACAUUUUCCGUUUGAUACUGAUGUGAUGUACUGCUGAGUAUGAGACAAGAAUUUCUUUCGGAGCCUCUAUCCUUUUAUCACGUUAAACCUCGGGCUUAUUACUUUAUUUAUUGUCGCAAGCUUAAUAAAAUGUUGAUGUUCUAACAUUGUGUAUGCAACCCCAAGUUCAAGUUCAAGUUCAAUAAAAGUCUUCUUUUCAUACUA